AUGUCCUUCCCUCGAGACGUCGCCCUGCGGUCCAUACGGACUCUCCCCGCCUGUCGCUCCCUCCUGCUCCGGACCCAACGCCGCUGGGCGCGUGUCCAUGAUGUCCGCUUCGUGACUACCCACAGAAAUCAGGAGAAGAUUUUAGACCGGUAUAGACAUAAGCUGGAGCAGAAAGCGAAGAACGAAGGACAUGAUUCGAUAUCCUCCCUCACGGAAGCAUAUCAGGAUAAAAUCAAGGACUACAAACGUGCAGCCAAUGCGGCAUAUCCGUCUACACCCAGCCCACGACCACAGCCAUCCCCAUUCCAACAGCCUUCACCUCCCCCGCCGACUCAGCAGCCAGUACCUCCAGCAAGCCAGUCACAAGGAAAGUCAUCGGCUGCCCGCCAGGCUUCUGGUGCACCCGGAAUAAAGCCUCUCUCCUCGUACCUGGAUCUUGAAAAAGUGUCGUCCCUCCCAAACAAAGAGGUGGAAUAUGUCUGGCGACUUCGACACGCGAACGACCCAUUAUCGCUCUGUGCCGUUAUACCAUUGGAAACAUACAAUCGCAUCUAUCACACUGCAAGAAAACACCCACAAUUUGUCCUUCCCUUACCUCGCCCGGUAGCCGAGGAUGGCAGCGGCGACAUGAAACAAUCGUCCGACGGCUUCGGAGACGACGAACAACGGUCUGCCGCGGACAUUCAUUUUAUGCAAUGGGGGUUCCAUCCUCCCGCGGGGGUUCCUCCAAGUCCGGACGUGAAGACGGCAAAUACCCACACCAGUACUGUGCUCUUCACGCAUUUGGCUGCCUUCAAGCUCCAUGGAACCUAUGCUCAGCCACAUACGACAAUCACCCAUCACCUCGAUCUGGCGGACUCGCAUGGCUUGGUCUUGUUGAAUGGCUCUGUUGUCAAAGGGCAGGGCGUGAGUGUGGAAGAAGGCCGCUGGCUUCUGAUGUGCCUCCAGAAAUUUUAUGAUUACGAAGGUCACGGUGGGGGCGUCGGACGUGAAAAGCGGCGAGGACUUUUGGAGAAAUUCAGCAAAGGCGACCAGGAGUUCAACCUGACAGACCUUGUCGAUGAAGCUGAAAGGAUAUCAUGA